CUCCCAACAGAGGAAAACCCAAGUGAAAGAUCUCUUCUUUUUUACUAUGUCGAGGGAAGGGAAGCCCGUGCCAUGCUAUUCCACAGCUUUCUUGAACUUUCCUCUGCUAUAAACUCUCAAUUCCCACUAACAAUGGAGCAUGAUUUCCAUGGCCGGAGAGCUCAAGAAAGCUGUGGGAGAACAUGUCACUCUCAGGGCUUAGAAAAUUACUCCCAAGGGACAACCAGGAAGCUACCCAAACUGCCAUGGAAUUGAGUGAUGAAAUGGGGAGUUGUGGUUAGUUUUGGUGACUAUUGUGUCAUUUUUUUUUAACCAAGAAGAAUCCAAUAUGCAGAAAUCAGAGAUCUAUAGCUUGCUGCUGCAGCCAUGCAGCAGUAGUAGGCUGUAGCAGAAAUUGAGGU